AUUUUGUGUGUGCACAUUUGCUGCAGUAGAAGAUGGAUUUGUUUGGUGACUUGCCUGAACCAGGCAUUAGUAAAUCCCCUCCUGUAAAUCUCUAUGAAGACAAUCCAGAUAGAAACAAUUCAAAUACUACUUUAGACUCCAUGAAGACAGAGAGUGUGAACAAUUGUAAAAGAAAAGCUGAGGAAAAUAAUGAAGACAAACCAGCAAAAUUAAAAACGUCAGUAAAAUACAGAUUGUCUCCCUUCUUUGCUGAGCGACAAGGUGAAAGAGAUGAGAUGCAGGAUGAACAUGUAUUAUUAGAAGACAUAACACAACAGAUUCCAAACCUUCAUCCAUCUGUGUAUCGAGUUGCUUUUUUCGCAGUCUAUGAUGGACAUGGCGGAGCACGGGCUUCUAGGUUUGCAUCCCAGAAUUUGCAUAAAUUUCUUCUGGAUAGGUUUCCAAAGGGUGACAUUUCACAAGUAGAAAAAGAUCUGAAGAAAACCAUGGUGGAAGCCUUUAAGAAAACAGAUGAUGAAUUUUUGAAAGAAGCAACUAAAAUAAAGCCAGCUUGGAAAGACGGAACAACAGCCACAGUUAUAGUUGUGGUCAAUGAUACAGCAUUUAUAGCUUGGCUAGGUGACAGUCAGGCAGUUUUAUGCAGAGGUAAGGAAGACAACUCUUAUGUUCCAAUACCUCUGUCAACAGAGCACAGUCCCUCAGUGUAUGAAGAGAGAAUCAGAAUUCAGAAAGCUGGAGGCCAUGUCAAGGAUGGCCGGGUUUUGGGAGUAUUGGAAGUGUCACGCUCCAUUGGUGAUGGUCAGUAUAAAAAGCUUGGAGUGUCAUGUAUACCUGAUGUCAAGAAAUGUCAACUUACUGACCAAGAUAGAUAUAUUGUGCUGGCAUGUGAUGGACUUUGGAAAUGUUUUUCCUUUAAAGAAUGUAUCAGCUUCACAAACAAAAUUUUGGAGGAUGAAAAUAUACAACAGACGGAUGGUAAGACCUUGAGAGAAGUUCGCUGUCAGACCGCCUGUCAGAAGCUAGCUAACGAAGCAGUCCUUCGACUAAGUGCUGACAACGUGACUGUGGUGUUAAUAUCCAUUGCCAAAACAUGAUAGAACUCAUGUGAAUAAUACAGACUUCUCAAAUUGCAGCUAUUUAUAAAUUUUUUUAAGUGAGAUGUGGAGAUUGACAGUACUAUGAGACUCGAUCAGUUUGUAUGAAUGAAUUGUUGCUUUGGAAAGUUGAAUGGUGUAAAUCAUCUGUUAAAUCUAUUUGCUGAAUUUCGAUCACUUUAAAUACCUUGGGGGGAAAAUUCAGUUAGCAAUGAAAUAUUCCGAAAUCUAACAAGAAUUCAUUUUGCUUCCUUUACCCCUUCUUAACCACUGAAAUUUUACUUAAUAUGAUUACUGCAGAAAGUUUCAAGAUGCUGAUUUAAACCAACAAAUCAUAAAUCCAUGUAUAGGUAAUGGUCAUUUUUCUAUUUAUUUAAAAUAAAAUGCCACUGUUGAUGGUAAAAUAGGAAGGCUGUAUCCUGAGGUAAAGUACAACCUUGGUUAUAUACUCUAGGAAAUCAGAGGAUUAAAGAUGAGAGGUUAAAACAUGUUAAAGAAAAGUGGUUGGGACUGCUCAAUCAAUUGCCAUAUCCCUGGUGUUCCAGAUAUGAUGAUACAAUAUAACUGCAUGGACAUGUACCUAUAGCAUGAAACAUGCAUGAAUAUUUUUAAUUUUCUAUAAAACGGAUUUUGUAUGAAUUGAAUGCAUUUUUUGUGUUAACGAUAAUAAAACAUGAAAGAUC